AUGUACGGAAGAAUAAAAGAAUAGAAAUUAAGAACUAACAAUAUAAAUUUCUCAGUAGAAUCAGUUAAAAAUGAAUUAGAGGGAUUUAUAGAUGAUGAAAAUAAAAGAGUUAAUAUAGAUUCAGCUAAAAAAAGAGCAGUUUUAUAAGGAAUGGAUUAUGGUGGAUUUAGAUAAAUGGUUUUAGGCGCACAUUUAUUUAGCAUUAAAUCGAAAGAACUUAUAGAUAUGAGUGCAGAUAGAGUAAAUAAAAAGAAUGAAAUUGUGCUCAAUAGUAGCUUGACAACUUUCAAUAACGUUGUAGAUUUAAGCGCAAGACAAAAGGAAGAAAUAGAGUAAAUAAAUCUAAGAAUAGCAGAGAUGUUAGCAAAUAAUGAGCUUUAAGCCAAUAGUUUUAGAGAUUUUAAGAAAAAUUUUGAUUCUCAAUACAAAUUUCCUAUUGAUGAUGUAGCAGCUCAAAAUAUUUACUUGAUAUUUAAAUCAUAAAAGGAAGAAAACUUUAAAAAAAUAUUUUCUCUUGAUUUUGAUGUUUCGUAUUUCAUCAAAAUUAUCAAAGUAAUGAAGUAUGUAAUUUAAGAAUCUCUUGUACCAAAUUAAAAUGCUUUAGAGUUACUUUUCUUAAUGGAAUUUUUAGAUUAAAUGAGCAAAGUUAAAGACUUCUAGUUUUCUGUGCCUAAAUUUUUAAGUUCUAAAGAAAAAGUGGAGUUAAAAGAAUUUAUGGAGUUUCUAAAGUAGAGCAUUUAAUAAGUGUAAUAAACAAAGGUAGAUUCUCAAGAUAAAUAAUUAAAAGAAAAAUCUGAUGAGAAUUAGAUAGAAUAAAAUAAUGAAGUAGAAAAUGAUAAUAAAGAAAAUUUAUAAAAUGAAUAAUAGUAAUUAGAUUAAGAAAACAGUAAUUCAGAUUAAUAAAAUUAACAAAUUGACGAAAAAAUAUUACAAGAUUUGUUUAAUAAGCUCGAAUCUUACUACAUCAGAUGA